CGGUGAGAACUAACUUACGGACUAUUUUUGGAUCAAAAUCUCGAUCAAAGGACUUUAAAGAGCGAAGUUUAUCGCUGUAUGUAUUCAGAGCUAUCGUUGUUCUCUACUAUGGUCAUCAUGGAAGUGUCCACCAUCGACUCGGCCUCGCUUCGGGACCUGCUGGAGGGCGAUGAUGACCCGGACUGUCUGGUUCUGGACUGCCGCUCGUUCUUCUCCUUCAGCUCGUCUCAUAUCUCGGGCUCCAGUAAUGUGCGCUUCAGCACUAUAGUGCGCAGGAGAGCCCGAGGAGGUCUGGGGCUCGAGCACAUCGUACCCAACGAGGACACCAGGAGCCGGCUUCUGUCCGGGGAAUACCAGAGCGUCGUGUUCCUGGAUGACCGCAGUCUGGAGAUGGGAGAAGUGAAGAAAGACGGGACUUUAAUGCUCGCUGUGAACGCGCUCUGUCGCAAUCCAUGUGGAGCAAGUGUAUUCCUUCUUAAAGGUGGAUUCGACACGUUUUCCUCUGAGUUUCCUGAAAUGUGUACGAAGCCAGUUCCCCCCCAAGGCUUGAGUUUACCCCUGAGCUCCAGCUGCCGUCCCAACACCGCAGACUCCUCCUGCACAACCCCUCUAUACGACCAGGGCGGCCCUGUGGAAAUUUUGCCAUUCCUAUAUUUAGGCAGUGCUUAUCACGCCUCCAGAAAAGACAUGCUGGACAUGUUGGGAAUCACAGCCCUCAUCAACGUCUCUUCAAACUGCCCCAACCACUUUGAAGACCACUAUCAGUACAAGAGUAUCCCUGUUGAGGACAACCAUAAAGCCAACAUCAGCUCCUGGUUCAAUGAGGCCAUCGAAUUUAUCGAUUCGGUGCGUAAUAAAGGCGGGCGCGUGUUCGUCCACUGCCAGGCGGGCAUCUCCCGCUCCGCCACCAUCUGCCUGGCGUAUCUGAUGCGCACCAACCGCGUCCGGCUGGAGGAGGCCUUCGAGUUCGUCAAGCAGCGGCGCAGCAUCAUCUCGCCCAACUUCAGCUUCAUGGGGCAGCUCCUGCAGUUCGAGUCGCAGGUGCUGGCGUCCUCCAGCUGCUCCGCGGCCGCGGGGAGCCCUGCCAUCGGCAAGAGCAACACCGUGUUCAACUUCCCCGUGCACGCGGCGGCCAGUCCUCUCUCGUUCCUGCAGAGCCCCAUCACGACCUCGCCCUCCUGCUGACACGCGC